CUACGGGAGGCACCCCAGUGCCACAGACGCUCUCACACUGACCAGUAUAAACCCUCAGUCCCUGGUUUCUGCUGUCCGAGGCGUCAGAAGAGAUUUGUGAAGAAAUGGAAAUUCAGAGAGACCCUUGCUGUCUCCACAAUCUCGCUUACCACCCACGAUGGCGGCACCACUCAGUUAAAGUGAUAAGAAAAAGACAUAUAUGGACAGUGGUUACAAAUAGUUUUAAUGGAAGUAGUCGGCUUGAACUGUUAUCAACAUCACUAUCGUUGUCAACAAAACCACAGUUGCCAUCAUCCCCCAUGCAGCACACCAGGAGAUGGAGGGGAAACUGGUUUCUUCUUUUAUGUCUCAUGAUCUCAUUUUUCCCCUGUCAAAUCUGGGCAACCACUUUCAAGGUCGCCCUGGUUGGACCCUGGACAUGUGACCUCUUAUACGCAAAGGCUCUCCCUGACUUGGCGGCCCGCCUUGCCACCAGCCGCAUAAACAAGAACCCCUACCUCAACAAAGGCUAUUGGUUCGACUACACACUGAUCAACGAGGACUGCAAGGCUACAAGUGCACUUGUUCGCUUUGCUGACCUGGAAAGUUACGGUGCUGCUUUUUUGGGCCCUGCCAACCCAGGUUACUGCUCCUCAGCUGCAUUAUACGCUAAAGAGUGGGAUGUUGGUAUUCUUUCCUGGGGUUGUCUCAAGCCCAACAUGAAAACAGGAGGCAUGUACCCUACGUUUCUGCGGCCGCUGCCACUGUCCUCCCAUGUACUUUUCACCGUGCUAAGAUUUUUUCAGUGGGCCCAUGUGGCUAUCAUAUCAGAGGAAACAGAUGUGUGGGAGGCCACAGGGCAGGAGUUGGCCUCUUCUCUGAGGGUCCUUGGCUUGCCUGUGAAUCCUGUAGUUACAAUGGAGACCGAUAAGGAAGGGCCUCGGAGAGCUUUGACUAAAGUACGAGAAGCAGACCGAGUCAAAGUGAUCAUCAUGUGCAUGCCUUCUGUCCUCAUUGGUGGCCAAGCCCAGUACAAGCUCCUGACAACGGCCUUAGCUUUGCGCAUGAUCGACCGUGGUUAUGUGUUUAUUCCUUAUGACACCCUUCUGUACUCACUACCCUACAAAGACGCUCACUACUCCCUGCUUGGGAAUGAUACCAAGCUACAAAAAGCCUACGAUGGUGUUCUCACCAUCACUAUGGAGUCUGGAGAGCGCAAUUUCUAUGAGGCCUUCAGAGACGCUCAGAACCGCUUUGAGAUACGCAGCAGCACUCCACCAGAGCAGGUUUCUCCAUUCUUUGGCACUAUUUACAACAUGAUGUACUACAUAGCAAUGGCUGCAGAGCAAGCCCGAACACAUGAAGGCCGCUGGGUAACAGGUCACAUCCUGGGAGACAGUGAGGGCGGCUUUGAGUUUGAAGGUUUCAAUCAGCCCUUGCAGGCUGGAAGGAAUGGUGAGGGAAUGCAGGCUGGUUACGUGGUCCUGGACUAUGAUGGCAUGGGGGACUUGCUCUAUUCCACACAUUCUCUUCAUGCUGCUCACACAGAUGGCUUUACUGGAGGGUUGAAACAUCUUGGACGUUCAAUCCAUUUUGCAGGCAGCACACCUUACAAAGAUUCAAGCUGCUGGUUUAGCCCAUACUUUACCUGUACUGGAGGCACGGAUCCAAUCACAAUCUUCUUUCUGUUCCUGCUGUCUGUUUCAAUGGUUGGAUUCGCAGUGAACACCUUUCUUCGUUUGAAAAAAGAAAGAGAUGGGCUUAGCAUUGAGGAGGAUGGAAACAGUGGACCAUCAAAGGUUGUGCUGACUCUGGAUGAUCUGGUCUUCAUCAAUACUCAAAUCAGCAAACGGAAGCUAAAUGACGAAACCAUCAUGAAAAGUCAGGGGGACAUGAAGACACCUCACCAUUCAGUGUCUGGUCGCAGCUACUUGGCCUCUACUCCUGACAACUCCAAUAUUGCUGUGUUUGAGGGUGAUUGGGUUUGGCUGAAGAAAUGUCCAUCAGGAACAGUCUCAAGUGUCAAUGGCAGCACUGAGGUGGUCUUUGUGAAGCUCAGAGAAAUGAGGCAUGAAAACCUAAAUCUAUUUCUGGGACUGUUCUUCGACUCCGGGGUCUUUGGCAUUGUGACGGAGCACUGUACCAGGGGCAGCUUGGAGGAUUUGUUGGCCAACGAAGAAGUGCGUCUCGACUGGAUGUUCAAGUCUUCCUUAUUAAUGGAUCUGAUCAGGGGAAUGAAGUAUUUGCAUCAUCGUGACAUCAUUCACGGACGUCUAAAAUCCCGUAACUGUAUGGUCGACGGGCGCUUCGUGCUGAAAGUGACGGAUUACGGCUUUAAUGAAAUUUUGAUUGCACAAGGCAUUGACAUCGAUGGGGAAAAGCCUGAGGACCUUCUCUGGACGGCUCCCGAGCUGCUGAGGAGCUCGAGUAUGAGGAGGAGAGGAACUUUCUUUGGGGAUGUCUACAGUUUCUCCAUCGUUGUGCAGGAGGUCAUCUCUCGCUCGACACCUUUCUGCAUGCUGGACAUGCCUCCAAAAGAGAUUGUCAACAAGGUGAGAAAGCCUCCUCCUCUGUGUCGGCCUAUUAUGUCAGUGGAAGAGGCGCCUGUAGAUGUGAUCCAGCUAAUGAAACAGGCCUGGAGUGAAGAGCCAGAUAAGAGGCCAACCUUUGAGGACAUUUUCAAACAGUUCAAGAGCGUCACAAAGGGAAAGAAGAUCAACCUCAUUGACUCCAUGCUGAAGAUGUUGGAGCAGUACUCCUCCAACCUGGAGGAUCUGAUCAGAGAGAGGACGGAGGAGCUCGAGGUGGAGAGACAGAAAACGGACCGGUUGGUGGCUCAGAUGUUGCCCAAGACGGUGGCUCAGGCGCUGAAGUUGGGCAAACCCGUGGAGCCGGAGCAUUUCACCGAGGUCACGCUGUACUUCAGUGACAUCGUGGGUUUCACCACCAUCUCAGCUCUCAGUGAGCCCAUCGAGGUGGUCGACUUACUCAACGAUCUGUACAGCCUCUUUGAUGCCAUCAUCCAUCUGCACGACGUCUACAAGGUGGAAACCAUUGGAGAUGCCUACAUGGUAGCCUCUGGAGUUCCCACCAGGAAUGGAAAUCGUCACGCAGCUGAAAUGGCCAACAUGUCUCUGGAUAUUCUCAGUUGCAUAGGAACCUUCAAGGCGAGACACAUGCCGGACCUGAAGAUCAGGAUCCGAAUCGGCCUGCACUCUGGCCCAGUCGUAGCAGGCGUAGUGGGCCUAACGAUGCCUCGUUACUGUCUGUUCGGAGACACCGUCAACACAGCAUCGCGAAUGGAGUCCACGGGGAUGUCUUACAGAAUCCAUGUCAAUCAAACCACAGUUAAGCUCCUGAACAGCUUGCAGAUGGGAUACAAGAUCCAAGUCAGAGGCCUGACGGAGUUAAAGGGGAAAGGCAUCGAGACCACCUAUUGGUUGGUGGGGAGGGAGGAUUUCAACAAGCCUUUACCAAAUCCUAUAGACAAUAAAGAUGGCAUAAAUCAUGGUGUGACUAUAGAAGAGAUCCCAGCUGACAGAAGGCAGAAGUUCCUGGAUCGACAGAAGAAGACAAACUAGUCUGUGGUUUAGAAAUUUCGGGAAGAUGUGUGUGAUAGAAAGCAACAGCAACAAACAGAAUUUGCACAACACUCGCAGCUAUGCUCACAAUCAGUGGAUUUUUAGGACUGUCAAAAAAAAAGAGACACAUUUUGAAUUUAAGUUUACGUUUCACAACAAAACCAGAUUAAAACUUUAAUGUCUAAAUUCAAAAAUUU